AUGUCAUGCGAGCUUUCCUUCACUGAUCUUGGAAGUAUGAUGUUGGGGCAGGUCCUCCUCGGCGCGCGGGGAAGUCUAUCACUAUCCCCACAUCUUCCGGUUAUCGAAUGGUCAUCGUUCGCUGCCGCUAUAGCGUCCGGGGCAGCAACUCCACCAACCCAAUACUUGGUACACUAUCCGAAAGCGGCUCUUGCAGACAGUGGAACAAUUCCUAUUGAAGAGCAGAUGGCCAAUUCCGACUCGAACAUGGAGGGUGAUGGAAACAAGACCAACAGCACGAAUAUAGUUUUAAUUGGAGGUCUAGAUUUUAAUGAGAACAUCCCACCUACUUCUGUGGUUGCACACUCAAGAGUGUCAUGGAGUACGUUCGAGACGAGAGUCGCCCAGCUUGCGGCUCAAACUUUUCCCAAUCUCGGUAUAGACGACCUUGUUAUCAAGUGCUUGGACAGUGGCAAGUAUAAUCGAUUUGUUAAACUGGGAACUACCUAG